AUGCUUCUUUUCCAAACCCUCUUUCGGACCUGGCUCGCUCUCGUUGCCUUUUACAUCGGCUGGACCUGCUUGGCCCUGCUCCGAAAUAUACGGAUUGCUAAAGCAACUGGACUAAAGUACGUCGUUGUCCCAUGGUUCAGUUACAAUGCCUUGGUAUCUCUGUUCAUGCGUCGAGUCUUUUUACAACUGUUGAACAAAGUCCUACCUCAAUCCUCGGAAGCCUCAGUCACCUCCUGGCGAAGUCUUGUGACAGGCAUCUGGCCCCUUCGAUUCCGUCACGCUCCCUUUGCGGCCUUUGGUACGGACACGUUUCUGGCUGUUUCUCCGGGUGGAAUCAUCCUGAACACAGCCGAUGCCGACGUCGUUUCGCAAAUCGCCGGUCGGGGAGAUGACUUUCCAAAACCUAUCGGCAUAUAUCGAGCUGUCAGUAUUUAUGGCAUGAAUGUAGUCACUUCAGAGGGUGAAGAAUGGCGCCAUCACCGCCGACUUACUAGUCCCGCCUUCUGCGAAAGCAACAACCAACUUGUCUGGAGGGAAACCAUUGAUCGUACUCAAGCAAUGCUGGUUCUGCUACUUGGCCGAUACACAUCUAGCAAGACUGUCCAGCAUCUUGCAGACGAUGUAAUGAGACUGAGUUUGGAGAUUAUUGGCAAUGCUGCUCUUGGUCAGAAGAUAUUGUGGCCCACUAUCGAGGACGGAGAAGAACCAGAAACACAACACUUAAAGGCUGGGCACACCAUGACUUUUUCUGCAUCACUCGGAUAUAUCACGACAAAUAUGAUAUUCAUGGCGACGGCGUUAACAACUUUCCCUCUCUGGUUAAUUAAACGCAUUCCAUCUGCUCGUGUGAAGAAGCUUUACGAGGCUUACGAUAACUGGAAGAGGUACAUGCAAGACAUGAUUGCUGAAAGAAAGUUAGGCCUUCAUUCAGAAAACGGAUCCCCCCAGAACAUCGAUCUCAUCGGACAGCUCGUCAAGGGUCAAGUCAAAAACAAAGCGAGUGCCCGAGGGGGCGUAACACAGCCGGGCCUCACAGACACCGAAGUCCUGGGAAACUUGUUUGUAUUUAUCGUUGCAGGGCAUGAAACCUCUGCUAGCAGUCUGUAUAUGACAAUUCUACUGUUGGCGCUUCAUCCGCAUGUCCAAAAGCAUUUGCAGGAGGUAUUAGAACAUAUUUUGCAAGGACGACCUCCAUCCGAAUGGGAUUAUGAGCAAGACCUACCUCCACUUAUGAACUCCUUCCUCACUGCCGUCUGGAACGAAGAGUUACGUCUUGUGUCUCCGGUCUUGAGCAUUCCAAAGGUUGUUGCUUCUUCACCCCAGGAAGUUCUCAUCAACGGGAGAUACACCAUCCUACCACCAGAUAUGACAAUUAGACUCUGUGUUUCGGCAGUCCAUGUGAACCCCAAAUACUGGUCCCAUGGGCCUCCUUCCGAUCCAGCAAAUCCAAUAUUCUGUCAUGAUAAUCUUGAUAACGACAUGGAAGAGUUCAACCCUCAUCGAUGGAUGAGGCCUGAAGCCUCGCCGCUUCCAACACCUGAGUGGGACAGCUUCAAGGACGGCUCAAUGCCCAAUACUCCAACAUCCGGCACAUCAAGCACCCAACGUUACAAUCGGCUCCGCUUUCCCACCAAAGGUUCCUUCAUCCCUUUCAGUGAGGGACAGCGCUCUUGUCUUGGCAAACGGUUCGCUCAGAUCGAGAUUCUAACUGCUCUAGCAGUCAUCUUCUCGCAAUAUUCUGUCGAACUCGCAGUCGAUGACUGGGCCAAUGAUGAAGAGGUGAAGAAUAUGACACGGGUGCAGAGACAAGAGACAUGGAAUAAAGCAGCAAAGAGGGCACGAUAUAAUUGGCAGAACAAGUUGACUUGUGCCAUCACGGUGCAGAUGGCUUCUUCUGGUCAUGUUCCUUUACGUUUUGUACUCAAGGGUCAAGAGAGGUUUUUUGACCUAGAUUGA